GACUCGUUACCCCGAUAGAUUCGAAAGCGCCAUGACCAAAGGCUGCUACACCUGCCGUCGCCGGCGCAUCAUCUGCGACAAUGGCCUCCCUACCUGUCGAAAGUGUCGAGAUGCGGGGAAGGAAUGCUUGGGCUAUCAGAAACCCCUGGUCUGGGUAAAGGGUGGUGUGGCCAGUCGAGGAAAAAUGAUGGGACGCAGCUUUGAUGAUGUUGUGCAGAACACUUCAGAUCGCGGUAGUGAGGAUGGUUCUCCUGCCGCCGCCGAUCCCCCGCCUCCCGAAGUUGACGCCCAGGGUCAAGAUAAUUUGGAUAUUGAUUCGGACGAUGUGCCCCAGCCAUCGACCUUUGGUGAUACCCCUCAUGCGGCACAGUGGGGAAACAGCUUUGAUUUAGUUGUUCCAGAGGCGAACCUUUCCGUGGUGGACCAUGUUCCCUCGCCGCGGGGCAUGGUUGAUCCAUUAUUCAAAGACAUGGAUUCGUUGUCAAGGUUCUACAUCUCGCAUUGUGAUCCACCAGAAUGUAGUGGCUGUCUCGCCUUUUAUUCCAACGUCAGGAACCCGUACCGCGAUCUAACGGUCUUAGUGGGUGACUCCCCCGUUCUCGCCCAUGCGCUUGCUGCCACUGGGGCUCUACACUAUGCGUUGCUAGCGAGCUGUGACUUCUCACCAACACCGUGGCUGUCGGAUGGCGCUUCGGUCACUGGGGCCCUUCCAUCCCCGCAGGAUGUUGAAAAGGCGGUGAUCAGUUCUAUGUCACGACGCCCUGCGUCCAAGUUCUAUGAACAAUUCUUAAAAUUGAAACAACGCACUCUGCGUCAACUGUCGCUGGACCUGCAAGACCCCCUCAAACAGAACGACACCAAGACACUAGCAGUGAUUAUGGUUCUUGCUUUGAUGGAUGCUAUUGAAUCAGGGGACGGCGCAUGGAAGUAUCAUCUGGAAGGCGUCAAGAAACUUCUGAUGCGCCGGCAAAGCAAAAGCCCAUCUAGUCCGACACAGCGCAUGAUCGACUGGUUGGACGCAUUCGUACUUGAUGGCUGUCUCGUCAUGCAAGUCAUGGGCGCAACACUCGCAAGGCCUGGGUCUCUUUCCAAACCCUUCUACUCCUCAGAUAUGGGCCCAGAAACCCUGAAACGUCUCGAAGAAACCGCCUGGAUCGGAUGUCCCGCCUACCUCCUCGAAGUCAUUUUCUUCGUCCACGAAGGUUGGUGCGUCGACCCAGACCCCAGCACCAACCCACCGGCCAUGAACUACUCCUCGACAUUCCUCCCGAAGCUCCAACCCCCUGCUCCAACCCCCCACCGCCCUCCUCCAGCACAUCCAAGCCUUCGACCCAGUCGCCUGGGCAGAAGAAAUGCAAAGCUUCCUCCACCUCCCCGACCUCUCCGUCCGGACCGCGCUAGCAACCAUCUGGCGCUCCGCCGUCUACCUCUACACCAGCCGUGUCCUCUCUCGCCCCCGCGCCCACGGCCGCGCGAAAUCCACCAUCCCAGGCCUCCCACC